AUGACACUGCGUGAGGCAUCUUUUACCCCUCCUGCUCGGACUGAGGAUGUCACACCAGAAAUAUCGUCCCACGGAGAUUUUGAACUUAGACCUGUUGAGAACGCUGGGUCUGAUGGAGGAUCCCCAUCCGAUGACAGUGUGGAGCCCAUGUUGCCUCCAUACGAAAAACUAGCACAACAACUAAAAACGGCUGAUGAACAAUCAGACGGGGACGAUGAACAAUCAGGCGAGGAUGAUAGACAAUCAAUCAAAACGGAGUCCUCGAGUGUGAAAUUGCCCUUGUGGGAAGGUGACACGGGAAUGGAUGGCACAGCCCUGGAUGAUGAGGCACGAUCAUCUGCAAGGGACGAGUGUGAUCAAGACCCCCCCAGUCCCCUUACUCCAUUGUCUGAACUGGAAGCAAUUCACCCUGAAUUACGCUCCAACCUCUCAAUCAGUGACUUACCCCCCCUUUGGACCAGGCCAGAUGAUGUCAAGCUUACCGACCCUGUGUGUCAAACCAGCCUGAGAACUUACCAGGAGCAAAUCACUGCUCUCUUGCAAAGAACUAAGGCUUCACUACUCACAGGAUGUCUUGUACAAGGCAACAAGUACGAGCGUGGAAAUGAAAAACAUAGGAAACAACCUGGGUGGACGGCAAGCAGUAAAGAUCUCAGAACUUUUGUUCUCGCUGCAGAGAGAGCUUGUGUGGAACUGACAGAGGGCAAACUUGAUGAUGCUCAACAACGCAAUGCACAUGCUAAGCAUUGGAAAGUGGUUCGCAAACCAUCAGAGACAAUUGUCAGUGAAACGGAGCUGUUGGUCUUGAAGUGUGCAUUGAUUGCGGCCUCAUCCAAGCAGUAUGAAAAAAUAACGUUUGCAACACCUCGAAAUGUAAAUCUGGAUUCAACCAAGACAGAUAAUGACAACAAGCGAGCCCUGCCACCAGGGUGGACAGCGGUCUCUGACAUCCCUGCUCUCAAAGUCAUGAUCAGGAGGCAGAUGUCACGAACUACGUCGUGA